AUGCCUUUACAUGGGAUUCUUGAGGUGGAAUUAUUUGAUGUAUGUGGUAUCGAUUUUAUGGGUCCUUAUCCAUCAUCUUACAAUGACAAGUACAUCCUGCUAGCGGGGGAUUAUGUAUUUAAAUGGGUGGAAGCAGCAACACCUACAAAUGACAACAAGGUGGUAUUUAAUUUCUUGCACAAGCAUAUAUUCACUCAUUUUGGCAUGCCUAGGGCUUUAAUACGUGACGAAGGCAACCAUUUUUGUAACAAGAUGAUGGAUGCCUUGCUUGCUUGUUAUGGUGUUAGUCAUGGAAUCGCUUCGGCAUACCAUGCUCAAACCAAUGGUCAAGCAGAACUAUCCAAUAGAGAAAUAAAAAGUAUCCUUGAGAAGACAGACAACAGAUUAAGAAGAGACUGGUCUAAGAAGCUAGAUUAUGCAUUAUGGGCAUACAUGACAGCAUACAAGACACUUAUUGGCAUUUCACCCCACCGCUUAGUUUUUGGAAAAGCUUGUCAUCUACAUGUGGAAUCAGAACAUAGAGCAUACUGGGUAACGAUGGAUUUGAAUAUGGAUGCCACAUCAGCAAGACAAUAUAGGUCCUUGGAGCUGAAUGAGAUGGAGGAGUUUCGUGACGAGGCCUAUGAGAACGCUAAGAUCUAUAAAGAGUAUACUAAAGCUUGGCAUGAUAAAAAUCUUGUUCGCAAGGAGUUUCAACCUGGGAAGCAAGUGUUAUUGUUCAAUUCUAGGUUGAAGCUAUUCCCAGGAAAGAUGAAGUCAAGAUGGUCCAGAACUUAUACUGUAGUAAGAGUAUUUCCUUAUGGAGCGGUGGAAUUACUGAACAAAAAUAAUGAGACUUUUAAGGUAAAUGGUCAACGAGUGAAGUCAUACUUGGGUGGUCACGUUGAUCAAGCCAAGUCUAUCAUCAUGUUGAAGUCAGUCUGA